UACUCAUGUUGCUUUGUGUAGUAGAAUCAUCAAAAUUAUAUCAAACUCUUUGCUUUCUUUAAGGUUACCACAAAAUUAUAACCAUGUCUCUCCACAAGAACUCUCUACCAAAAUUUGAGAAACAAGAAGACUGUAAGAUUUCUCUCUUGGAUUUGCCAGGGUGUAUCUUGGAUGUCAUUCUUGAGCUCCUUCCACCAUCAGAUUUGUGCAGGGUAGCACAAGUGUGUACUUAUUUGAGAAACAGAAGCAGAAGUGAUAAUUUGUGAGACAAACAAGUGAAGCAGAAGUGGAGUAACCUAAUUGGUGAUGUUGCUCUUCAAGAGUGGCAGUGGCAUACAACAAAGAUAAACACACAAAGUAUCUUGCUGCUGCAAAAUCAAAGUAGAGGAUCAUGUGGCUCUUUUAGUGGUGUUUGGCCUUCUCUAAGCCUUAAUUCUUAUUUGAAAAAUUUUGGGGACAUCACUAGUUUAUUUCAAAAUUGUCCCAAAAUGGCUCUGUUUGUUUGUCUUGAGAGUGGUCGCUUCUGGUUUCCUGCUCAAGCUUAUCUUAAGAGAAUGCCACUAUAUUUUUAUGAUGUCAUUGUUAGUUAUAACUCUGAAACAGACACCUUCAGAGCAAGGUCCCCAAACAACGAGUGGCGAAUGAUUGGGAGAAACAUUGAGUGGGAUAGGUUGAGAUCAUCACCAGCUGAGAAUUUUUCAAGGAAAUUUUAUAUGUCUAAUAAGAAUGAUUUGAAGCCAGGGGAUCAUAUUGAGAUUCAAAGGAGAAAACGUAGAGAAUGCCCUUAUGAUUGGUGGUAUGCUAUAGUUGGUCAUUUGGAAUCAUGUGAUGAGAACGUGAAUCAUUGUAGUUGCCAGCAGAGUGAUAUGUUGGUGGUGGAGUUCAUGCAAUACCAACAUUGGAUUGGAUGGAGAAAAACAGUGUUGAACAGAAAUGUGUAUGAGGAUCAGGCUGACUCUAGGCUUUCUUGGUUGGGUGGAAUAAGAAAACUUGAUAAGGAAGAGGAGAUUGAAAGAUGGAAAAGCCUCUUGAAUUAGUAGAAUAAUUUACCCUUCCUUGGACAAAAUGUAUAGCAGUUGCUUCUUAGAUGUUGAGCGAUGAUGUAUCAGUAUCGGUUAAAAGGCAAAAUGGUGCCCUUCCUGCAAAUUUAAAUUAAUGACUCAAAACCCAGGAGUAAAAGAGACUUUCCAGUUUCCACCUCUCAAGUAAGGAUAGAGGUGACCUUUCAUA